AUGAAACAAGCCGUGGCUUGGAAUGUGCUGGAAUAUCUUUGCCGAUUGCUGGGCAUCUCGACCGGAGCAGGGCUCCUCGCUGUGGGCAUCGAGACGCUUCUGCAGGGGCAGUUCAAGAGCCUGGCUCUUUACCUCCUUCUUUCAGGGGUGGCCGUUUCUCUCUGGGAAGGGGCCUUCUUGGCCAGCCUCCUUCUGACCCCCUGCUUGGGCCCCCUGAGGGGAUCCCGGGUGGAUGCUUGCCGGCUCCGAGCCAAACGCCGGGGAGCUUUCCAGAAGUUCCUGGCUUACGGCCUGCUCUCCGUCGCCUGCUUCCUCAGCCCUGUCCACGUCUGGCAGGUCCUACUCCCAGGCACCCUGCUCAUCCUCACCAGUCUAGCCUAUUUCCUGCUGAGUAGGCAACGGAAAGAAGAGACGGGAGAUGGGCCACCAGAAGAGAGCGGUGACCCUCGUGACGAGGCUGCAGGUGAAAGGCCUGGAGACAGCAGGAGGCAAACCUCCUCCUCCCACCGUCAAUCCAGCCCCCUUGCUGCCUCUCUGGGGAGCUUCUUCCAAGCUUGCCAAGGGCCAGUCGCCUUCCUGGCCCCCUCAAGCGUUGCGUCUAGGAGGAGCCCCGCUGACUCUGAGGAGCAGGCCCAGGAGAUGGCGCUGCCUCUCCGAGGAGAGCCGGAGGGCUCCUUGGCCAAGGAGAGCACGUCCGAAACGGCCUUCAUCCUUUCUGCCCAGGUUUGAUGCCCCAGGGGGCUCACGAAGGAGCUCUUCUUCUCUUGCAGCCGAGGUGGAAGGCAGAGGCGUCUCUGGCCAUGGCCAACAGCCGAGAAUCCCGGCUGGUUGCUCCCUUCACCGCGCGUCCCUGCCACGUCCCCUGCGG